UCCCCACCGCCAUCAUUCGCCAUGUCACCUACUCCAAACACGGCAGACGACGCCGCCAUCGAUGCCCACUCGCGCAGCGCCCUCACAUCCACCAAGCAAAACCUGCGCUACCUGUAUGAUCCUAAGACCGCGCCCGCCCAGGCUGUGCAAUCUCGCCGCACCAGAGCGGCACUGCGACUCGUCCGCUCUUCGCUCAUCUUCGUCUUCUGGCGUGUGGUUCGAUACGCAAAGUAUGUUGCCAUUGGCUCCCUGAUCGCCACCAUAGGCGCUGGCGCCUUCGGCACCGUUGUCUCUGGAGCUGGCUUUGUCCUUGCGCCUACUGGAAUUGCAGGCACCAUUGUGGCCGGGACCGUCUGGGGACUGGGUAAAUUUGUCGUCAAGAGGGUACAGAGGAGAUGGGAGCACCGAACUACCCAUGCACAUAGCUAUGGAGAAAUUCGAGGCAAUGCCGCCACAGAAGGGCUACGUGGAGAGUACAGAGGCCCGGAUAAUGUGCCCUGGUGA